AUGUUGAUUUUAGCUUCAGUUGGUAGUUGGCUACCUUUUGCCAUUGUUGCUUUGUUCAUUAUUUUCUUCUCGGUUAUAUUUACAUUACGUUAUCAACAAAAACGGCAUCGGGAUUAUGCAGUCACUCUUGUUUGCUCGGUAUCAUUGAUUAUUGCUUUAUUAACGUCAAGUUUAUUGCCGACGGACGUCAUGUUGGUAUCAUUUAUGAAAUAUCCGAAUGGAACAUAUAAAGAAUGGACAGUAAAUCAAACAACUCGAGAUCAUAUUCAAAAAUAUGUCGAAGUCGGAUAUUAUGUUUUGUAUGGGCUUGUCAUUCUUAUGGCUUUUCUGAUCAAUCCAUUUCUUUUUUUCUACUAUGAAGAAAAGCAAGAGGAAGAAGGUCAAACAGCGAAACGAAUACACUCAGCCGCCAAAUGGACAGUAGGCUUUAUCAUUUUUCUUAUUAUUCUAAUCAUACUGGGAGUAUUCGUUCCUCAAUUGGCAACAUUACCAUCCAUUAAUUCAACAAGUGAAUGGGAUAAUGUAAAAUAUCUCAUCGAUCAUUUUGAUGGUUCACGAGUUGAAGAUUCAAUUUCAUUUACAAUCUUCACUUUAAGUCUUAUUGGAUUUUUUCUUUUAACAGUCUACACGGGUUACGGUUCUAUUGCAUGUCCAUUAUCAUUAAUUCGUGGUAAACGAAGUGCACGUUUACAACAAGCAACUAUUGAAGAACAACGUGCUGAACUACAAAAUCAAAUACGAGUAUUAAAACUUCGAUAUCCACGUCAUGUUCCAAUGCCAGCUCGUGAAAAACGAAAAUUAGCUGAACUCGAACAACAAGAUGCAGCUCUGUGUGUUAAUGAAGAAUCAAUAAUAACUGUUCGAGAAAGUUUUUUCUUUAAAUGUCGCUAUAUAUAUCGACCCAUACAAAUGAUUGUUGGACUGCUUUUAUUUUGCUUUGCCAUACUUAUAUUCAUUUCGCUAUUAUUAAGCAAUAUUAAUAAGUUGAUGCAUUUUGUGAGCUUUAAACAAAUAUUUGCACAAGGCAAUCAAACAUUACCAAAUCCUAUUGAUCUUGUUUUGACAUGGACUGGAAAAUAUUAUCCAAUCAGUUACAUUUUUCUAAGUGGUUUAAUGAUUUAUAUUAUUUUCACGUCUCUUUACGGUUUACAACAAAUUGGCAUUUGGUAUUUUUGGAUUCAAAUGUAUCGAUUUUCUCGUGGAAGAACUAAACCACAAGCAAUAUUAAUGUUGUGUUCAUUAUUAAUGUUUAUCGUCGUUGCUAUUAAUGUAUUUGUUUAUCUUCUCAUUCCUCAAUAUGCCAUUUAUGGCGAUCAAUAUUAUUCAUCUACUAGUACCAAUGGAACCAUCGUUGUUAAAUCAUGUACGCAAUUCGUAACAACAGAUGACUGCCAAAUGACAGUAAUGGGUCGUAUUAUACUUCGAUUUUUCUAUAAGGUUUGGUUUUUUGGAGCUAUCUACUUUUGUCUCAGCUGGGUAUAUCUUGUUAUGUUUGUGGUUAGUUUCUUUUGGAAAUUAGUUCGCAAUCGUGAAUCAAACAUUCAAGAAUAUACAGUUGAAGCUCUAUUAGAAGCCGGUGGUGAAGAUGAAGAUGAUCCUCUAAUUGGAUAA